CUCGUUUUCGCAAUCAAUGGCAGCGCCCAUGAGUUGUCAACAUUCUAAUACACAUUUGAGGAAACACAAUGUAGUGACAGAGUCGUCUGCAUCUCUUGCUUCGGCUGACACACAGUUUAACAUUGAUAACAUCGGACAUACCGUGAUCACCACAAGACACAUUGACACGCUGUAUUUGUGUCGUAAACAUGCCGGGAAAAGCCAUGAUCGUCACCAUUGUGGUGGGCGUGGUGAGUGUGCUGUACGCGUACGGGUACCUGGUUCCUUUAACUCGCGUCUUAAUGGUAUAUGUUCCAGUCAAUGUGAAAUCUACAAUAGCGUACUACAUCGAUCUCUCUGACGACACCGCUGACGUAAAGUCAACAUCAGAUCGGAUUUUUACCAAGGACGAGUUGUGGAAAUACCGCGGGGAAGGGGACAUAUACUUAGCAGUAUUGGGCCAGGUGUUUGAUGUUACAAAGGGCAGGAAACAUUACGGACCCGGCGGAGGAUACGAGUUCUUUUCAGGACGAGACGGGUCGCGAGCAUACGUCUCUGGAGACUUUACGGAAGCCGGACUAGUGGACGAUAUCACAGGACUUUCCCUUACAGAUAUCCGAGGCUUGGAUGACUGGGUCAAGUUCUACAGGAAAGAUUACACAUAUGUCGGUAAAAUUGUGGGUAAUUUUUACGACGCAGCGGGCACACCGACAACGGCGUACCGCGAGUACGAGAAACAACUAGCGGCGGCUGAGGACGAUAAAAAACUGACAGCGGCUGACUAUAGACGAUUCCCGCCGUGUAACUCCGAGUCUGCACAGGGGAAGGGCAGACGACUCUGGUGUUCAACACUCAGUGGCGGGAUACAGAGAGACUGGGCAGGACUUCCCAGAGAGUACUAUAGGCCAGGGACAACUAAACCACGCUGCGCAUGUGUGAAGGACGUGGGGCCUCCGUCCGAAACCUCCAGUACCACCACAGCUGAUAACAACAAAGGAGAUCUGGACAAUCCUAAUGUUAAAGUUUAUCCGGGAUGCGAUCCGAAAUCCAUAUCGUGUUCGUUUAAUGACUUUUAAGAACCAUUGGAUUUGUUUACUAUGGAACAUCACAUCAACACAUACUAAAUAUUUACAUGUGUUAUUAAAAGUUGAUUAUAAAUUUCAAGAUUAGGUUUAAUUAUGUGGAAAUGUGUUUAUCCAAAAAGGAGAUACUGCACUGUUCGUUGAACUUGCUUGAACAGUUCAAACAAUCAUAUUUAAAUAAUUUGUCUUAUGGUAGGUAUUGUUGUUUAAAGCGCCUGGAUACAUGGAUGAUUUGAUCGGAAAUAAAUUGAAUUUUGUUUCAGUCAAAAAUAAAAAUUACAAAAUCAUACAUCUUUAAUUAUUAAAAUAGGAUUUGUCGAGUUGAAACUUUGUAAUUAUUUUACAGGUAAUCUAAUUCACUUUAACGAUCACCAGUUAAAUUUGACUCAAACUGGCAAAUGUAUUUAUGAUUAUUU